CAGUGCGGCCGGCGGUGACAGCGGCUGUGGGAGGAGUUGUCUGUCUUGGCCGCGCUACCGAAAACAUGGAGCUGUCUGCAGUCGGGGAGCGGGUCUUCGCCGCUGAGUCCAUCAUUAAGCGGCGUAUCCGCAAGGGUCGCAUUGAAUACCUAGUGAAAUGGAAAGGCUGGGCUAUAAAAUACAGCACAUGGGAACCAGAGGUGAACAUUUUGGAUUCCCGACUAAUAGUAGCUUUUGAGCAGAAAGAGAGGGAGCAAGAAAUUUAUGGUCCAAAGAAACGUGGCCCUAAACCAAAAACAUUUCUUCUGAAGGCAAGAGCCCAGGCCGAAGCCCUGCACAUGCCAGAUGUCCACUUUGCUGUCAAACCAGGCUCCAGUGUUUCCCCAAAGCUGCACUCUAGUGCUGCGGUUCAUCGCUUGAAGAAGGACAUCCGUCGAUGUCACAGCAUGUCCAGGCGCCCUCUUCCCCGUCCUGAUCCGACCGCACCCUCUGGAGGAGGUUCUGGCCUGCGCCCUCCAGUUUCACCCUUCUCUGAGACUGUGCGCAUUAUUAACCGAAAGGCUAAACCUCGUGAACCGAAAAGGAACCGCAUAAUUCUUAACCUUAAGGUGAUCGAGAAAGCUGGGAAACCACCUCUUGGCCGUCCAAAAAUUCCUUCUCGAAACAGAGUGAUUGGAAAGAGCAAGAAGUAUAGUGAAAGCAUUCUGCGCACUCAGCUCCACCACCUGAAAUAUGGGGCUUUUUCUAUGUACAACAAACCUGCACUCCGGGGUCCUGAUGUUGCUAAGGCUGAGAGGGAAGUUUCAAACCAAGCCCUGGCUGAUGAUAGCUCCAGUACCUCAGGCUGUCCAUCUCCAGCUCCUUCUGAUGAUCGUCCCCCCAAGCUUAUGCCUGAAACCCUGAGUCCUGCUGUUCCUGAUUGGAGAGAGUCUGAAGCUUUGGAUCUCUCAAUCCCACCAGAGUCCUCUGCCAGCAAGCGGGGGCAGGGGGAACCUGAAGAGUCCGACCCAGAGGAGGAGGCUGGGGAUUGGCGCCCGGACAUGUCACCAUGCUCCAAUGUGGUGGUGACAGAUGUUACUAGCAAUCUGCUGACCGUCACCAUUAAGGAAUUCUGCAAUGCGCAAGACUUCGAGAAAGUGGCUGCUGCCAGCAAAUAGUGAGCAGAAGGUGACGUGUCAAUGGGAGGAGAGCAGUGAGGAAGGGGUCCAAGGGUUAAAGAUUCAUUCACUCUAGCCAACAGAGUCUGCACAUCGCCUGUUCCACUUUCCAGACCUUGUAGCCCAUAUUUGAUAAGCGGUGCUAUUCUAGACACUUUACAUCACUUUCACUUGAAUUGACUAGUUGUUUCUAGGACCAUUAUCUGUUUUCUGUAAUCUCUUGAGAAAUGUUCAUUGACAUCCUGUAAGAACAGUCUGCACCCCUCAUAGUAAUCUUUUUGUUAUGUGGUUGAAAGCCUCAACUUUUAUUUGAUCUAAGGCUUUUUUUACCCUUUGUUGCGGUGCAUAAAUACUUACGUAUUUAGCUUAAUUCUAACCACUUCCUUCAACCCCACCGCAUGUGUUUUUCCCCUCUUUAAAUAUGUAUAAAUACAUAGAGCUUGAGGGAAAAUGUAUUUCCUUUUUAAAUGACCAUAGUUUUCCUGUUACAUUUCUAAUAUAUUUGCAUACAAAAGAAAAAAAAUAUGUAAAAAGCUCUUGCAAGAGACAAAACUAAUUCCUAUAAAAUAAUCUAAACCCUGUAAAAUCUAGUACAGACACGUGUGCACAUGUACUUACAUAUGCACUGGUGUGCAUGUUAAUAAUAGAUUUGUAGUAAUACCUUUAUAAUGUAAUCUAACCUUAAAUAACUUGCACUAUUAAUAGCUAUACAUACAGCAUAGAGAAACUAAUCAGGCAAAUUUAGAACAUUUAAAAACAAAGUUGCAGAUCAAAUAAUUUCUGAGGUUUUACAACCAGCAGGAGAAUAGGGCAAAUUAGGAAUACAAACUGCUCUGGUGUGUAGUCCUAUCUGCUAUUGGUCUACGUGUUUAUUCUUUAGCUACUAUGGAUUUUUUUUUAUGCUGCCAUCUUACAUGUACUUUCAACAAUUGCUGAUAUUUAUGAUACAGUAUUAAUCCUUAGCAAAAGUAUGGAAAGUUUCAGAAUUGUAGAAUGAUGGCAUUUCAUACACUUUGGUUUUAUUUAUAUAUAAAAUAUACACAUAUACACACACAUGUAUUAGGGCUGUGCAAUAUGGGGGAACAAACGUCACAAUUUUUUAAUUAAAUAUUGAGGUUUUAAUUGAUUUUAUUAAAAUAUUCUUUUGAAUACAAUUUGCCCUGCAGACUGAAUAGGCCAGAGAAAAGAGCCUGGCCAGUCUGCCAUCUUCCAUGUCUGUGCACAGCUUAGGACUGAAGCAAGAAACCAUGAGGCAAGUAAAAUGACAGCGGUAGCAUCAUGUGCUGUGACACUGAUGUGACGCUUCCUGGUCCGCCCCCAAUGGAGGAGUGAUUAGUGCUGCUACUGGGCUGGACUGGAGCGUUGGUGUGACUGACGUGACAUGUUAAGGAAGCUGUUUCAGAUUUCUUUUUAUAUAAAAAUGCAGCCUUGUGUGAUUUAGGUAUUGCAUAGCCUUGUCAUGAUUAAUUGCACAACCCUAAUAUGUAUUUUUGUGUGUUCUUGUAGACACCAAGCCUAUCUGGUGCUACAAAAUUAGAAAUCUUAAUAUAAGGUGACUACAUCUUUUUUUAACUAUUUAGCAUACAGCUAAGCGAAGGCCUGUGAUAAGCUGCUGCUGUUUAUCUCAGGCCACAUAUGUUACAGAAAUCACUGGUGCUAACACCUAUUUAUGUCCUAAAUUUCAAAAAGGGUCUGUUAUAAAAUUGAAGCUACAACAGAAACCUGUUUUAAUAUGUGCAUUUUAUUACUUUGCAUAAAGCCACAGACAGACUGACACAAAUUGCCUUGCAA